AUGGGCUGGCUAUGGUCUUCGAACAGCGGCGACUCUGCCAAAAAGCCCUCAUCGACUGAAGCACAACCUUCAAAUACGAAUCAGAAUGAAAGCUCGAUAGCCCUCACUGAAGAACAACGCCUACGUAUCUUCGGCCGCCCAUCACCCGCACCCUCUUCCUCUUCUACAUCGCAGCAGACACGAGAGCAAGCUGCCGACGCCGAGCUCGACGCCCUCAUCAGAGAAUUCUCCUCCUCCGACCCAACAAACCCUACCAAAGCCCUCUCAGCCCUCACAAAAGCCGAGCAACAAGACCAGCAACACACAGAACGCACCGCCCUCCCAGCACAAAACCACCACGAACCCCCACCAACCUCACGUCUCCUCCCCGAUGGUAGCCUCGACAUCUCCCCCUCAGCAAUCCUCCCUCGCACAAUGUCCUGCCGCCAACAAUUCGACCAAGCAUUCUACUGCCAAUCCCUAGGCGGGAAGUUCAACGACAUAUAUCGCUAUGGACAUCUGAGAGCUUGUUCGGAGCAAUGGGGGGCGUUUUGGUUUUGUAUGCGGACGAGGACGUUGCCGGAUAAGGAGAAGGAAGAGGCGAUUGUGCAGUUCUAUCAGGAGAGGGAUGAGAAGAGGAAGAAGGAGCGUGGUGGGAGUAGUGAGGAUGUUUGGCAGUUGAGGACAAAGGCUGUGGAGAGAGCGUUUUGGAGGGAUCCGGAUGAGGAUGUGGAGGGGAGUCAGGACGGGAUGGUGAAGAGUGGGAGGGAUUGA